UAGCCCUCUCCACAGUCGAGCUUCAACUGUUCCUGAGAUGACGUCGCCGCGAGAGACCACCAACUGGCUGCUGCCCUUGGCGGCCACCGCCCUUUUACUCCUUAUGGGAGUUGCCCAAGCUGAGGAGCCCAUCUACCGCUUGUGCGUGCCCCAGAUCUAUUUGGCCGAGUGCCAGCAGCUGCUGGCCGAUCCCUCGGAGGCGGGCAUCCGUAUGGAGUGCGUGGCUGGAAGGGAUCGAGUGGACUGCCUGGAGUUGAUCGAGCAGCGAAAGGCCGAUGUGCUGGCCACAGAGCCGGAGGACAUGUACAUUGCUUACCAUCGCAAGAACGAGGAUUACCGGGUGGUGUCAGAGAUUCGCACCCAGCAGGACAAAGAUGCCGCCUUCCGCUACGAGGGCAUUAUCCUGGUAAAGAAGACCUCACCUAUACGCACCUUGGAGCAGCUGCGCGGCGCCAAGUCCUGCCACACCGGUUUCGGACGCAAUGUGGGCUACAAGAUCCCCAUCACCAAGCUAAAGAACUCACAUGUUCUCAAGGUGUCCGCCGAUCCGCAAAUCUCUGCCACGGAACGCGAGCUCAAGUCCCUGUCCGAGUUCUUCACCCAGUCCUGCCUGGUGGGCACCUAUUCGGCGCAUCCCGACACGGAUCGUCUGCUGAAGAAGAAGUAUUCGAAUCUGUGCGCCCUGUGCGAGAAGCCGGAGCAGUGCAACUAUCCGGAUAAGUUCAGUGGCUACGAUGGCGCCAUUCGCUGCCUGGACAAGGGCCAGGGCGAGGUGGCCUUCUCCAAGGUGCAGUACAUCAAGAAGUACUUUGGUCUGCCAGGCGCUGGUCCGGAUGCACCCAAGGCGGAGGGCAAUCCCGAUGACUUUGAGUAUUUGUGCGAGGAUGGCAGCCGUAGGCCCAUCACAGGACCGGCCUGCUCCUGGGCCCAGCGACCCUGGAGCGGCUAUAUCUCCAACGAGAAGGCUGUCCACAACACGGAGCAGCUGCAUCAGCUGCAGUCGCGUCUGGAGCGCUUCUUUGCCAACGGCCUGCAGGCGCAGAACAAGGAUGCCGCCGCCCAUUUGCUCAUCCAGCCGAGUGCCGUCUAUCAUAGCAAGGAUGCGGCCAUUGAUCCCAAGGUUUAUUUGGAGCGGGCUGGCUACAAGGAUGUGAUCGAGCGUGACGGCAGUGCCAUCCGGAAGAUCAGGCUGUGUGCCCAGGGCGAUGAUGAGUAUGCCAAGUGCCAGGCUCUGCAUCAGGCAGCCUAUGCCCGCGAUGCUCGGCCCGAGCUUGAGUGCGUCCAGUCCACCGAUUGCCUGGAGUCCAUGUCCAAGAAGGAGGCAGAUCUAGUCAUCCUGCCAGCCUCGGGUUAUGCUGAGGCGCGUCGCUACAAACUGCAGCCGUUGGUCUACGAGCAGAGGGCCCAGGACGAUGUCUUGGUGGCAGUGGCAGCCCCCAAUGUGGGACGGGAGGCGCUCCAAAAGGCCGAAAUCAAAUUCGAUGAGGGUUCUGAACGCGCCCGCCUGGCCGCCGCCUUCUUGAACAAGCGACGUGGCCUGGACACCUGCCGCAUCUCGUCCACAGCCGAUGGAACUGUGCAGAUUGUGCCCGCCACCGAGCUGGAGAAGCACAAGGAUGCCCAGCUGGUGUGCCCCAGUUUGGAGCGACGACCAGUCACCGAUUUCCGGGCCUGCAAUGUGGAUGUGCAGCUGCCGCGUGCCAUUUUCAUUAGCACCGAUACCACGCCCGUGGAGCAGGAGACCGUCAAGCAUUUGUUCUCCCUGAUCUCGGACAAGUUUGGGGCCCGCGGCAAGUUGGUGGAUGUCUUUGCCUUGUUCGGAGAGUUCCAGAAGGGCAAGCAGAACGUGUACUUCGAUGACAAGGCCGUGGAGCUGGCCACGGAGAUCAAGAGCGAAAUCCAAGAUGAACAGAUCUACGGAGAGCUACAGUGCGAUGGCAACAAGAUUGCCAAGCAGUGAUUAGCUCCUUUCGAUAUAAAUAAACUUUAAGAUGAAUAUUACAAGCAA